AUGUCCGGAUCAGCAAGCGACUCAGAGCAGCUUCCAGCCCUUCCCUCGGAUCUGUCGCCGGACUGGUUCGGAGCCAAGCUUGGCCAUAAGGUCAAAUCGGCCGAGCACACGCGAAGUAUCUGGGGCACGGCGAGUAAGCUGUUCUACACCAUCACGUAUGACGAGGAUGAGAGCAGCGGCGAGGCUGAGAGGCCCAAGUAUGUGUGCGUCAAAGGCGUCUUCGACCCCAAGACGAUAGCCGCGCAGCCUUGGACCGUCAGCCUGGCACAGCGCGAGGCCAUGUUCUUCACAAAGAUUGCUCCCGUCUUGGACGGUAUGAUGGUCUUCCCCAAGGGCUGGUGGGGCGGCACGAGCGAGACGCAGGGCAUCGCUAUCAUGAGCGACCUCAACAGCGAGGGCUGCACCUUUCCCCCUGAAGUCGCCUCCUACCCGGUCGAGAAGGUCAUGAACGGCGUUGAGCAGCUGGCGGGUCUGCAUGCAAAAUACUGGGGCCAGAGUCAGGAGGAUCACCCCUGGAUCUGGAACAACUACGACCCAGCCAUGAAGUUCAUGUGCACGCCCUGGGACGAGGUGGUGCGGACCCCUGGACGACCCAAGCUGCCCGAGUACCUGAUGGACGGCAAGCGGUGCAACGAGGCCCUGGACCGCUACUACGCCGAGCGCAACCCCAGAUUCCGCACUCUGCUGCACGGCGACACGCACAUCGGCAACAUCUACUUCACGGCUGACGGCCGCAUCGGGUUCCUGGACUGGUCUGCCUUCCACUUUGGCUCGUGCUUCCACGACAUCGUCUAUCACAUGACGGCCAUGUUGAGCAUCGAGGACCGUCGUGCCCACGAGAUGGAGAUUCUUGACCAUUAUCUUGAGACGCUUCACAGGCUUGGCGGGCCCAAGUUCGACCGUCACAACGACCCGGAGGUCAUGAUUGAGUACCGUCGGUCCUUCAUGACCAACGUCAUCUGGCUGAUCUGCCCGGACGGCCUGCAGAGUAAGGAGCGCGUUGCUGUCUUGCGUGAGCACACCGUUGCGACUUACGAUGAUCACAAGGUCCUUGAUGUUAUUCUUGACCAGCCCAAGCCGACUGCUUGA